UGCCCACCAAAGCCAGACAUGAUCAGGCGGGAGCACGAGGUGGCCACCCUGGGGGCGCCCCAGGGCUCAGGAGCCGUGAUGUCCACCGUGGUCACCAUGCAGCCGGAGACCGUCGUGCCCGACCACAUCGUCUGGUCCCUGUUCAACACGCUCUUCUUCAGCCCCUGCUGCUGCCUGGGCUUCGUGGCGUUCGCCUACUCCGUGAAGUCCAGGGACCGGAAGAUGGUCGGCGACGUGGUCGGGGCCCAGAGCUACGCGUCCACCGCCAAGUGCCUGAACAUCUGGGCCCUGGUCUUGGGCCUCCUUGGGACCAUAGGGUGCAUCGUGGUUCUGGCGUUGCUGUUGCCAGGUGUCCUCAGCGCAAUAGCGCAGGCCGCGCAGGGCCACAGAGGCCUGUAGUGGCUGCCCACGGCCGGCGGACCACGUCUCCCCUCCCGCUCCUGGCGCUGCCCCCACGCCCACCCCUUCCUACAGCACUUUGUCCCUGCCCCCUGCCCGCCGCCGAACCCAAUA